AGACAACAAGGAAGUGGCCGUUUAUUGUGGAGGAAAAUAACUGCCAGGUUCAACGUCUCCUCGCCGCUGGGUUGUGUUUGCUGCAUGCUCGAGUGCCAGGAGGGCUGAAGUCACCGUGGACUCGCCCGGGAACCCGCUUCACGUCGCCCCGAAGGAUUCUGCUCGUAGCCCGCUCGGUAGCUAGCAAUGAACACGGACGUGGAAUUUCACAUCAGGCAGAAUUAUCCGUGGAACAAGCUGCCAGCGAAUGUCAAACAGAGUUUGGGGAACUCACAGCGCGAGUAUGAGAAGCAUGUGCUGCUAUACAGCAUCCGCAACCAGCUACGAUUCCGCAAUAACCUAGUCCGCCACGUCAGGAAGGACGAGCGCAGGUACUAUGAGGAGCUGCUGAAGUACAGCCGGGACCACCUGAUGCUGUAUCCCUACCACCUGUCUGACAUCAUGGUCAAAGGGCUGCGAGUCACUCCGUUCUCGUACUACAUAGGAAUCAUGGAGGAUAUUAUGAACAGUGAGAAGAGUUACGACUCCUUGCCCAACUUCACUGCUGCUGACUGUCUGAGGCUGCUUGGCAUUGGGAGGAACCAGUACAUUGACCUGAUGAACCAGUGCAGGUCCUCCAAAAAAUUCUUCCGCCGAAAAUCGGCGCGGGACCUGCUGCCAUCCAAGCCGGUGGAGAUUUCUGUGGAGCCGUGGUGGGUCGCUCAGACGGGCUUCAUCACCGAGGACGACAUAAGGAUCUGUUCUACCGCUGAGAAGAAAGCCAUCGACAAGAUGAUAGAUUCUGGUCCUCAGCUGGCAGGAACAAUAGAGUACAAUGUGGUCCUAAGUUUGUAUAACCGGGGCUUUAUUUACCUGGAUGUUCCCAUAUCGGAUGACAGCUGCAUCUCAGUGCCCCCUCUUGAAGGCUUCGUCAUGAACCGUGUGCAGGGUGAUUAUUUUGAAACGCUUCUCUACAAAAUCUUUGUGUCUAUUGACGAGCAGACCAACGUGGCCGAGCUUGCCAAUGUGCUGGAGAUCGACCUGGAUUUAGUGAAGAACGCAGUUUCCAUGUACUGUCGCCUUGGGUUUGCAGUAAAGAAAGGUCAGGUGUUCAGCUCUGAGCAGCUUCACCCCAGCUGGAAGAAUGCUCCGUCUGUUAACAGGCUCAAGAGCACCAUGGACCCCCAGAAGAUGCUGCUGUCCUGGGAACAGGGCAGUCCCGUCAUGGAGGGCGGCUCCUCGGCCACAGACACAGACACCACAAGCCUGGAAGAUCAAGGAGACACGGGCAGCGUUAGCAGCCUGAGCAUCCCGGCAGCUCCCACGAAGAGGAUCGCCUUCCUCUUUGACUCCACGCUCACCGCAUUCCUCAUGAUGGGCAACCUGUCUCCGAACCUGAAGAGCCACGCUGUGACCAUGUUUGAGGUGGGGAAGCUGUCCGACGAGACUCUUGAUAGUUUCUUGGCUGAGUUGGAGAAGGUGGAGAGUACAGCAGAGGGUGAGGCUCAGCGUUAUUUUGACCACGCUCUCACUCUUAAAAACACCAUCCUCUUUCUGCGCUACAACAAAGAACUCACUCAGGAUCAAGGACCUGAUAUUCCAAAUAUAGGUUUUCCUUUGGACAUGCUGCGCUGUGAGAGCCUGCUGGGUCUGGACCAGGCCACCUGCAGCCGCGUCCUCAACAAAAACUACAAGCUGCUGGUCUCAAUGGCGCCGCUCAGCAACGAGAUCAGACCCAUCAGCAGCUGCACACCUCAGCACAUUGGCCCAGCCAUCCCUGAGGUGAGCUCCAUCUGGUUCAAGCUGUAUCUGUACCACGUGACGGGCCAAGGCCCGCCGUCGCUGCUGCUCUCCAAGGGCUCCAGGCUCAGAAAACUGCCAGACAUUUUCCAGGCCUAUGACAGGCUGCUGAUCACCUCUUGGGGUCAUGACCCCGGAGUCGUCCCUACGUCCAAUGUUUUGACGAUGCUGAAUGACGCUCUCACGCACUCUGCUGUCCUAAUCCAGGGUCACGGUAUGCAUGGCCAUGGAGAAACCUUUCAUAUCCCAUUUCCUUUUGACGAGGAGGAUCUGAAGGGAGAGUUCUCUUACUCCAACAUGUGUGUGCACAAAGCACUUCGGAAGCUGAAGGAGCAUGUGGAUCUGGAGCACCAGUGUGGCUACAUCACCAUGCUGAACUCCAACAACAGGCACCGUCGCAGGACCAGUGACAGCGCUGAGUGCAGAGGAGAAACGCAUCUAGGCGGAGGCCUGGACACCAACGGCAGCACCGAAUCAUUUGAGCUUGUGACCGAAGAGAACGCCGAGGGAAAAGGAAAGACAGACACUCUUUCAUCUGAGGACGAGUGGGUCCCUCUUGAACUGUGCUUUGGCAUGCCCCUCUUCAGCUCCGAACUCAACCGCAGAGUGUGUCGAAAGAUUGCCUCACACAAGCUUUGCAGCAACGAGAGCCUUCAGGAGCUUCUUCACUCAAGCCGAAAGCUAUCACUGAAAGUACUGAGUUUUGUUCAUUCGUUCCAGGACGGCGGCCAGCCUUCUGACCCGGACAGCGGCGUGUCGAACCCUCUCAGCCAGCCUCCGGCUGAGUCCGGCGUCCCUCUGCCCUCCAUCAACCUCCUCUUCAAGGAUGGACAGCUGAAGGAGUGGAGCGGCCGCGCCCCUCCCCCUCUGGACAUCUCAUCUCUGCAGAAGGACCAGCCCUCAUAAAGCAGGUGCGGUUUGUCCACGAGGACAUUACUUCUCAGUGAAAAUGGACCACCCCUGCUUUUCUUCCCCCUUCUUUUCUUGGCACCGUCACAUCUUGCUGAGGACAUCUCUUAAAAGUGGUCCAACUUUGCAUCUUCAUACGUGCUCACAAGGAAACACCGUCGACAUUCUUGUGCAUCGGGGAACAUUAGCCCCCUCAGCUCUUUACUGUUUAUCCACUGUAAGAAGAAGCAUCCUCCAUCAACACUAGUACCCAGCUCCUUUUUGUUGUUUUCCUGCGCGAUUCCUUGUAUUCCUAAGACGGCAGUGUUAGCCUUUGGAGUGGUGCUACAAUCCCAACAUAAAACAGUGAAGCAGGCGAACGGCUUUAAACCUGAAAAAGCUAGUUGCUUUGUUUACCCUCAUUCCCAUCCUCCAGUUAGUUCUGGUUUUGUUUCUUAAGUUGAGUGACCCCGAUGAACCCCAGACCUCUUCAGGAACAAUUUAAACUAUAUGCAUUAUUGUAGGACCAAGCUCUUGGACUUACCAGCUGAGUUUGAAUCCAAGCCCUUCUGUGUCUUGUCUCAUGUUCAUUGAUUCAAUGCAUGAUGGUGUUGCACAACUCAAGAACAAAAAAAGAAGAAAUUCCUUCCCUUGUUAUUUGUGACCAAUAAUGGGAAAAAGUAUGUUAAUUGCGCUGUGCAGGAUUUGUUUCAAACUGUGGACAAAUAAAUGUUUUUUUUAUUUUUAAACGUAGGAUCAGUUGUAGUGCACAUUAAUGUUUUUAGAGCUCUUGUUUAAGGAAGGAAGUGUUUACUCAUCAAAAAGCAAACAUGUUAAGAACUCACUGGGCAUUUGAGUAACUUCUGCUUCUUAUUUGUUCUGUUUUUUUAUAUAUAUAUAAUUGAGAGCACCAAAGACAUUUUCUUUUUCUUUUACUUGUAAUGAUUUUUUUUUUAAAUUAAUUUUUUGCCUAUAUUGAAAUUAGCCAAUCAAAAGAGCUCAGGCCUGGGAUCAAAACUGCUCAUUUGCUUUGCCUUUUGACCUUUUUUUAUGAUUUCUGAUCUCUGAAUACACACAACUACAGUUCAUAGCACAGCAUAACAAGCAUCUUACCGUUCCUGUUUGAGCUGGAAUUUGCAUGUCACACCGAUUCGGAACAGCAAAGGUUACAAGUGCAUCUCAAUAAAUAGAAUGGCAUCUUAAAGUUCACAUAUUUUAGUAAUUCCGCUUAAAAUAUGAAACGUUUCUAUUCAAUGAACCCACACCAUAUUUUAAUUGUUUAUUUUUUUGUUAAUUUUGACUGAUAAGAAGACCUAAACUUAAGAUAUUACUUAGGACUAACAAGAAAUGUUACGUUGAACCGUACACAAUCAUGGAGAUAUUUGACGGCCUCCACAAGGAGGGUAAGCAAAAAAAGCUCAUCACUAAAUAAGCUGGUUGUUCAAAGUGCUGAAUUUGAGAGUAUUCAUGGAAAGUUGAGUGGAACUAAAUAGUGUGGUUUUAGCCCUAGCAAAAAGAAUACCGUCAGCCUUGAGAGGAUUUGGAUGUAAGGACAUUUAUACUUUGCUGAAAACUAUGUGGAGAUGAACAUUUCAUUUUUUUUCUCACAUGCCAAAUAACUGGCUUAAUGACCAUGAUUUAGAUGAGUUUUCAGUAAAGUGCAUAUACUUGCAAACUUGCAACCAAGUUUGCAAGUAUAUGCAAACUUGGUUGCAUACAAUAUGCAACCAAAACUUGGUUGGUUCCUCUUUUCCAUAAAUUGCUGCAACAUGACUUGGAGGCGAUCUGCCCAGGAUGCUUUAAUAGCAACUUCUUUCAGUCAUCAUGUAUUCAAAGCUCAUCAGCAGAGGAAAGAAUGAAGUGCAUAAAACUUCCUGGAAGACUGCUGAGCUAACUUAAAACUUGAUUAAAAAAUAAAAGAGUGGCUCAGCAACAUUUUUCCAUCACACCUUUUCCUUCCACUAAACUUUCCAUCAGAAUGUUCUCAUUAUGUAAUCAUGUGAUGUCUGACAUGUAAUUUCUCUUCUGAUUUUCUGAAAAGCAAAGCUCUAAGCUGUAAUCAACACGAUAACUGAACUAGAUGUCUGACAUAAAUGUAAUGAGUCUUUAUAACACGACUUUUACUUUUUGUAUUGAGUCAAUCGAUGAAGUUGUUGAUGAUAUUGUAAUUUAUUGAGAUUCAUCUGUAAGUCUGAUGAUUUCCUACCACUACAUCUCCCUCUCUCUUGAUGAACUCCAGCUUGUGUGUGAUUGUGUGCUCUUCCCUUUUUGCACUCUGAACGAUUCUGUUCACACCAUCUCCAAAUGGGGAGGAAAGAAAUGGGGCUUGUAGUUUUGAGAGAAGGAAACGUGUUUUUGUUUUGUUUUGUUGUUCAGAAAUGGAAAUGCUUGUGCAUUGCCCCAGCUUCCCUGAGACGUCGUUUGGCUCAGGAUGUGUCGGACAUUCCUCUUCAUUAAUCCUUAGUGCAGUUUCUUUUUCCUCCCUGCAUUUAGAAAUGUGUAAAACUCAUUAAGCUGAGUUUAUUUUUGAAGGAAUUUCCCCUUUGCAGUUUUUGACCCACUUGUGGAAGUUAGAAAUAGGAAAAAAAAAAAAACAGACUUACGACGUGGUCCUGCUAAAGCAUGAUAGCUGUGUAGAAACUGUUGUGUGUAUGUUGUGUAUGCGUGUGUAAUGUACACAUCACCUCACAUCUUUACAAAAAAAUGACCCUUUACACACACCCCUACACACACUCACACACACACACACACACUUAUCAUGGCUGUUUGUUGCAGUUUAUCAUUUUCACCCCCAGUUAUUCAUCUACCUUAGGUGUUUAAAAUGAUAGUUUUAUAUGUGGGCUGAAAAAAAAAUCUUUGUUGUAGCUUGUUUAUUGGGAGUGUGAAUAUAAUUGACUUAAAAAGAAGACACCCUUUUGAAUAAAUGGGUUUAAAAAAGAGGGAAAUUACAUUCCUUUACUACAUUCUACCGUCACCCUCUUCUUCAUAUACAUAUGAUAAGAAAUAAAUAUGUAAAAAGUAUGUGAGAAUAUAAAUAAAUAUGUAAUAAGACCAA